UUUUUUUCCGUACUAUACGUUACUGGUUUGACAUCUUUAGGGGAUCAAAAAUGUCUUUUUAGAUCUCUUCUAUAAAUUAAAUGUGAGGUUCAAAAUUUCUAAAAACACUAUAAUGUAUAGGAAACUCGUCAACAUAGCCGGAUAUAACUCACUAAAUUCUCUAAAUUCACUUUGCAAAAUUCAAAAUCAUCACAAUGCUUUCGUUUUUCGGCAUUUUUCGGAACAGAAUUUCAAUUUGUUACAGGGUCCUUCAUUACAGUUCAACUUCGUACGUCCGAUGCAUAAUUGGAAGAGUCAAAUGGACCUCAACGAUCAAAGAAGAAAAGUUAUACCGAAAUUAGUUUAUCUUCACAAUCCGUGGAAGUACUUGCUAACGAAGUUCAACUUGUGGAAGUUACGCUUGUUCUGGGAUCGUGAUUUUGUGGAGCAAGAAUUUAUUGAGGGUUCCAAACAGGCAGCGAUUGUCAUUACAGACAUUAUAAGAGACCAGCAGACGAGCAGAAUAGGUCAGUUUACCACACCAAUUGGGUUUCAACAAAUAACACGUGACAUGUUGCUCUCCCGUAAUGACACUCGACUGAAAUUGAUUAAAUUCAGUCCGGAGCACCUACGCAAAGCGAUACCUAUGAAAGUCUCAACGCGUAAAAAUUUUGGUCAUAAGUUCUGUUUCAUUGACAUGUUGUUUGUGGGUCUUCGCAAUACGAAGGAUUUUGGCUCUGCUGAAGAAGUGGUUGAGGUUAAGGAAGUGUUGCGCAAAUUGGAUGCUGACAUGCACACUCCACAAGACAUACAAAGCGUACCCCAUCGCAUCGUUUUCGCUGAAAUAUUUAUGCGAUUUCGUAGAGACUACACUGAAACGGCACUAACACAACAUGAAACGAGAAAAGAUGACUGGUCUGUUUCAUUUUACAAAAUACUAUCGUUCGAUAUCCUCAAUUAUGAUCCGAAGGCAUAGAAUCAAGAAAAAUGUAUCCAGCUUGUUCAGUCACAUUAGAAAUUUUAAUUUAUUACAAACAAAAUAAACAACAUUUACAAUAAACAAUAAUUUAUUUCUUU